UUUUCGCGCAGCGAACGGCUACAUUCAGUUGCCUUGUGACUACCAGCCCCACCUCCGGGCAAUUUCCGCUGGAAGAAUCUGCACCAAGCUAAUGGCACGCGUAUCGACUUUUUCUCCAAAUCAUCAGCACUGGGGCUGAAUGCUACAACAAUCCUCUUUGAUAUAAGAAUAGAUUCACGGUUAUAUAAAACAAACAUGACUUUCCGGAGACGGAACAGGCUGAACUCCAGUGAAUCCCAGAGUGGAACUUGUGAAAACAGUGACAGAGAAAUCUUUCCUUCGAAGUUGUACAGCAUUAGACCUCUGGCGUUUGUUUCUAAUUCCACUGACGUGUAUGAGACGCUUGCAUAUUCUGGGGGCACCUUGCCGAGAAGUUUUCAAAAUAAUGGGCAGCUACAGAAAUGGAGACCUCUGUCCCAGUCAUCUGAACUAAUCAGGACAAACAUGGUCCUGGAGAAGAAUGCAGAUGAGGCAUUUGGCUUUGAAAUUCAGACUUAUGGCCUUCACCAUCAGGAUGAAAACUCAGUGGAGAUGUGUACCUUUGUUUGUAGAGUGCACGAGCACAGCCCAGCCAAACUAGCAGGUCUGAAAGUUGGGUAUACCAUUGCAUGCGUAAACGAAACCUCAGUGGGGGGUUACCAACACAAGGAGAUUGUUCAGCUGAUCAGGUCUUCAGGAAACAUUCUCAGACUUGAGACGCUCUACAGUGAUUCAAUACGAAAGGCUGAGCUCGGUGCUAGACUGCAAUACUUGAGGCAAACCUUGCAUGAGAAGUGGGAUGAAUAUCGUUCCCUGAUGGUGCAGGAACAAAGACUAACCCACGGCAUAGUAAUGAAUGAUGCAGCUAUCUAUGAGUCCCUGGAAUCGGCAGGAGUGUAUGGGAGUCUGGGUCGUCCCAGUCCUGUUACCCUUCGUGCUCAACAUCUCUGGCACGGAAGCACCUGCAGCAGUGUCAGCCACCUGAGCGCGGCCACAGAUGAAGACUCUCUGUACCAGAACUGUCUGGACCAGGGCAUGCCCUCCAUAUCUCACUCUGAGUCCUUUUGCAAACUGUCUCUGCAGCUCUCGGCCCAGUGUCUCUUUCGUCCAGCCAGGGAGCUUCUUGCUUCAGCCCGAAGUUCACUCACACGUAGUGCUUCACUCACACGUAGUGCUUCACUCACACGUAGUGCCAGCACACGUAGUUACUUGCGAGAGUCAGGGAACACUGCUUGUUCAUCAGGCAGCAAGCAAGGACGGUUUGGCAUAAUGCUGCCCAAUGCCAAACAGAUGAGCUUUCCCAGAAGACUAUUGAAGUUCAUCCCUGGUUUAAACCAUGCGCUGGAAGAGGAGGAAAGCAAACUAUGAGUAAAUCAGGCUUUGGUUAAGGCGGUCACGGUAGUCCAUGUCGAGGGAGAGUUUAGAACCAGAUUCUGAUCCAGUCACACCAAACCUUAUAAAUACUGUUUGUCACUGUGUUUAAAUUAAUUUAUUUUAUUGUAUUUUAUAGUAUUUUACAGGUUUUUCUAGGAAUUAUGUUCUUUACUUUUUAUACAUCAACACCAAAUUCAUAAGAGAAGGAUGUGGUUGCUACGGUAAUAUACAUUUUGUGCUUUUCUCACUUUUGGUUAUACAUGCAAUU